GUGGCCGCUGUUGUGGGUGACGCGUCUUCUCACUUUAUAGGCACCGUGCGAAGUCAAUACCAACAGAGUCGUCAGCACAUGAGCGAGACACCGACCAGGGAGGGCGCCGGCCGCGCUGCCCCGACCACCGUUUCUUCCGCCACCACAAAAAAGCGCUUCCGUGUGCGGUCGAACUACUUCAAAGUUGGAGAUCUGGUCUGGGUGCGGCCGGCAAAGCUGCCGUACUGGCCGGCCGAAGUCAUCGAGUGCGACGCGGAGGCAAAUCGAGUCCGCGCAAAGUUAGUUCAACCGCCGUCUGCCGCCGUGCUCGAGGCGAACCAGAAGGAGGAGCAGCGCAAACAUGACCAGGCCGUAAAAAAGGAAGAAGCACGACGUCGAAAAAUGCAGAGGAACGAAGACAGAGGGGCCAACCUGGAUGUGUCAUCGACUGUUGCGGGUGCUGCCGCUACGGCGUGCGCAGAGCCGCAGGCCGACGUGGUCACGGCGAGUGGAUUGGUGGUGUACUUCUUCGACAAACUGCGCACACCCGAGGAGCUGGAGACCUGCAUUGAGGAGCGGCUGCAGCGCGCUUCGCAUAGCGUGGACGCGUACGAGGCCGCCUUUACGCGUGCCGUCAUGCAAACAAACCGUCUCGCCCGCAUCCCGCUCAGCCCGGAGAAGCUGCUGCCCUACGAGGUGUGCGCGGUGGGCAUUGUGCACAGCCUGAUGCGUGCGCAGAUCGCCGCACCACGACAGCCCAACACGGGCACCUUUGAGCCGCAGACCGGUUUAAUUCGACUGCGCAGCGGUCUGGAGAACGCGGCACGCGACCUGCAGGGUUUUGAAUUUAUUUGGGUGCUUUUUCAGUUCUCGUUUGCCGCGCCGAUGGCGUCUGGUGAAGGACAGGCGUCGGUGCGCCGGCUGAGAGACGCGAAGCGCGGCGAAGGUGAAGCGGAAAAGCCGGACAACACAAGUUCACCGCCCUCCAAUGCCGAUGAAGCCUCUGGGGAGGGAAAAGUAGAAGCUGCCGCUGCUGCUGAAGCCGCAGGCGUGGACGUGGAGGAGCCGCUCUCGCCGUUCCGUCGUCGUCAGGGCUUCGCUCGCGCGGCGGGGUUCAAGACGCUCAUCAUCCCACCACGGGACGAGGAGUGGCGAGGCGUUUUCGCCACUCGCAGCCCGCACCGGCCGAACUUCAUUGGCCUCUCGUGCGUCCGCCUCGUCGCCGUACACGGUCUCGACAUCCACAUCGCCGAUCACGACCUGCUGCACGGUACGCCGGUGUUGGAUAUAAAGCCGUACCUGCCUUUCUGUGAUGCACACCCGGAUGCGCGUGCGGGCUGGGUGGAGGAGCUCGACGCGAGCGGCAGGAGCAAAGGAGAUCACAAAUACGCGAAGCAGGCGAGCUUGGUGGACCGCGUAACGCCGAUGCAAUAA